AUGACUCGGCGGUGCUCGCACUGCAGCAACAACGGGCACAACUCGCGCACGUGCCCGACACGUGUCGGGUCCUCCUCCUCAUCCUCCGUCGGUGGCGGCGGAGGCCUGAAGCUGUUCGGUGUGAGGCUUACCGAUGGCUCGAUCAUCAAGAAGAGCGCUAGUAUGGGGAAUUUAUCCAGUGCGGCGCACUACCACUCCUCAUCGCCCAACCCGGACUCCCCAACCUCGGACCCGCUCCACGACCCGGUUCACGUCCCCGAAGGUUACUUAUCCGACGACCCGGCCCAUGCCUCCUCCUCCGCCAAUCGACGCGGAGAUCGUAAAAAAGGGACCCCAUGGACAGAGGAGGAGCAUCGAAUGUUCUUAAUUGGUCUCCAGAAAUUGGGGAAGGGAGACUGGCGUGGAAUAGCACGAAAUUAUGUAACAACUAGGACUCCUACCCAGGUGGCAAGCCAUGCCCAGAAGUAUUUUAUUCGACAGAAUAAUGCUACCCGAAGAAAGAGGCGCUCCAGCCUAUUCGACAUGGUUCCGGAUAUGGCCAUGGAUCCACCUCCCGUGCCAGAAGAACAAGUUUUUCUGCCUUCUUGUCAGGAAGCAGAAUCUGAAGCUGCAAGUUCACUACCUUCAUUAAAUCUUUCCCUCAGCUCAGAAUGCAAACCGAUGGAAACCACACAUGAAGAAAAAGUAAAAGAACCUGAUCAUGAGCCUGUAAUGGGAUCGAACGGUUUCCCACCAAUGAUUCCUGGUUUCUUCCCAGCUUAUUUGCCAUACCCUUUUCCAGUAUGGCCACCAAGUGCAGGGCCCAUGAGAGAAUUAAAGGGUGGGGAGGCCUCUCAUCAGCAGGUUUUAAGGCCGAUUCCAAUCCUUCGCAAGGAGCCUGUCAAUGUUGAUGCACUGGUGGGCAUGUCUCAGCUCAGUCUAGGAGACACACAGAGAGGCCACAAGGAGCCUUCACCUCUCUCCUUAAAACUACUAGGAGAGCCCUCGAGGCAGUCGGCAUUUCACCCAAAUGCUCCAGCUGGUGAGCCGGACUUGAGCAAGGGCAAGAGCAGCGCGAUCCAAGCACUCUGA